GUGUCGAGUGCGCGGUUGCGGACGGACUCGUGUCUUAUUCGAACGCGGUGCGCCGCGAUUCCAGUCACGGGAAAGUCCAGCGCCGCGUUUCGCGGCCGCCCCUAUUUCGCCUAGUGCGACGCGGGGAUGGACUAGUGGGAGCAGAAACAUUAUGGCUGCCAGUCUGUCUCUGACUCAGCUUUCCAGUGGAAAUCCUGUCUAUGACAAGUACUAUCGGCAGGUGGACCCCUCUGGAGCAGGACACGUUGCAGCCACCGAUGCAGCCUUGUUCCUGAAGAAAUCUGGCCUCACUGACCUGAUCCUGGGACAGAUAUGGGAUUUGGCAGAUGUGGAACAGAAGGGUUGUUUGAAUAAGCAGCAAUUCUUCAUUGCUCUGAGAUUAGUGGCCUGUGCCCAGAAUGGACUGGAGGUGACGCUCAGCAGUCUGAAUGUGGCUGUACCCCCACCCAAGUUUCAUGACACAAGCAGCCCGCUGCUGCCCUCUGGGGGAGUGUCUGUCGAUGGCCCGUGGGUGGUCAAGCCGGAGGAGAAGCUGAAGUUUGAUACCAUCUUCGACAGCCUCGCUCCGGUAAAUGGCAUGCUGUCAGGGGACAAGGUUAAGCCUGUGCUGCUGAACUCCAAGCUUCCUGUGGACAUCCUGGGCCGAGUCUGGGACUUAAGCGACAUUGACAGGGACGGUAUGCUGGACAGAGAUGAGUUUGCAGUGGCCAUGUACCUUGUGUACCGCGCCUUAGAGAAGGAGACCGUGCCAAUGUCACUCCCCCCACAACUCGUACCUCCAUCGAAGCGGAAGAAACCUGUCACGGCGGCUGUCGUGCCCCUGCUGCCUUCGCCCCCCUCCCAUAAGGACAGCCGCUCCUCCCAUGCCACAGCCAAAGUGCUGGCGUCUCCCCCUGUGGUGCCGCAGUGGGUGGUAACUCCCACCGAGAAGGCCAAGUACGACGAAAUGUUCACCAAGACGGACGCUGACAUGGACGGGCUGGUGUCAGGCCCUGAGGUACGAGACAUCUUCCUGAAGACUGGGCUGCCCGCUACUACCUUGGCCCGCAUCUGGCAGCUCUGCGACAUGAACAACAUGGGGAAGCUGACCCGGGAUCAGUUCGCCCUGGCUCUGCACCUGAUCAACCAGAAGCUGACCAAGGGGAUCGAGCCGCCUCAGUCCCUCCUGCCAGAAAUGAUCCCGCCCUCAGAUAGGAUGGCCGUCCGGCCGACCAACACCAUGCCCAGCCAGGCUGCAGACUUCUCUGCCAUCAAGGAGCUGGACUCCCUCAGCAACGAGAUUGUCGACCUACAGCGGGAGAAGACAGCCGUGGAGCAGGAGAUCAAGGAGAGGGAGGAGAGCAUCAGACAGAGGAGCAGUGAGGUGCAGGACCUGCAGGAUGAGGUCCAGCGGGAGACUGGCGAGCUGCAGCGGCUUCAGGCUCAGCGGCAGGAAGUCCAGGAUACCCUGGAGAAGCUGGAUGUGCAGAAGGAGGCACUGGAGGAGCAGCUGGGACAGAUUCGGCAGCUGUGCAGUGAAGAGAAUGAGCUGAUCUUGACGCUGCAGACACAGCAUGCGGAGCAGGAGGAGAAGAUUGGGGAGUACGAGGCGGAGCUGGAGCGUGCGCGGGAGGAGCUGCGGAGGCUGCAGGACGAGGCAGCUCUCAUGGAGCGGAAGGUGGAGUCGGCGCGGGCCAGGUUGAGUCCGCUGCAGGACUCUGUCAAAGACUCAUACUCAGAGGUGUCACAGGCCCAGCAGAAGCUCAGUGAGCUGCAGGAGGAGGAGAGUAGCACCAUGGCCCAGAUCAGCUGGAGGAAACACCUCCAGGAGGAGCCGGUGCUGGUGAACGGCGCGUCUGCCGUGGAACUAGAGCGACAGUCCGAGGAGGAGCCCACGGAGCUGCCUGAGCAGGAGGAGCCCGAGGAGUCGUCGUCGUCCAGGAGUCCUGAGGAACAGGAACCCAAAUCCGAUACCCCGGAAGGUUUCUAUAACAACAGCGCUGCCUGGCCACAUCUCAGCAUGGAGAGCUGCAAUUCUAGCACUUUAGUUGAAAUGACAAGUGACAUUACAAAGGAGGAGGAGUCACCCAAUGACGGCGCCCUCAAGCAGCUGGAUUCACCGGAACCGGAGAAGAACCUCGAGCCCCCCCAGCCCCCCACACAGGAAAUGACCCAGGAAGAUGCUCCUCCUGCCAGCACGGGGCUCGACUUCUUCCAGGCGGACCCCUUCACUGACCAUGAUCCAUUCAAGGACGACCCAUUUGCAAGGGUCGAUGUUUCUGAUCCUUUCGGAGGAGACCCCUUCAAGGGCACGGACCCCUUUGCUGCAGAUGCCUUCUUCAAACAGCCUUCAGCCGACCCUUUCACCUCCAGUGAUCCCUUCGGCGGCGUUCACGGGUCUUCGGAACCCAGCCUGUUCGACAGUCAGCCCAAUGGCAAGGCCGUCGCCGAUCCCUUUGGCUCCCAAGCUAACGACAUGUCAGACGCAGAUCCUUUCAGCUCCCACGUCGUCCACGCUGGUUUGGACCCCUUCACGGCCUCCCCGUCUUCUCAUGAACUUCCUAUGAAGGACUUGCCAGCCUCGAUGAAUGAUCCUUUUGCCCCCGGAGGCACAGCGGUGAAUGUAGAAGCAGACUCUGAUCCAUUUGCUGCUGCGUUUGGCAGUGACACAUUCACAGGGGGGUUUGCAGAUUUCAGUGCCCUUUCAAAGUCGAAUGGGGACGACCCUUUCAGAUCCUCCAGCACGUCCAGUAACAAGAACUUGUUCAAGGAUGAGAGUCAGCCGAGUAGUCCUGAGGUGCCCCCCGCCCUGCCCCCCAAGAUCGGGACCCCUACCAGACCCCCUCCGCCUCCUCCAGGUAAGCGGUCCACGAUUUCGCGAUCAGAGUCCUCGGACUCCUUCCAGCGGAGAGUGCCGUUCGUCGCCCACAGCUCCGUGGACUUCUCCUCACUUCCCGGCAAGGUCAGCCAGGACCCCUUUGCGGAGUCCCUGCCUGCCCACCCUCCACGGGACCCUGAAAGAUUUGCCAGCUUUGACAAAUACCCCACGGAGGAGGACAUGAUAGAGUGGGCGAAGAGGGAGAGCGAGCGGGAGGAGAAGGAACGCCUGGCACGGCUGACGCGGCAGGAGCAGGAGGACCUGGAGCUGGCCAUCGCCCUCAGCAAGUCCGAGUUCUCCUGAGGCACACAAGGCCCCUUCUCAGGAACCCAUCCACUGGGGGAGGGGGGUCCUUACAGCUGAACUGGGGGCGUCCGGCUCCAUUUGCCUUCCACUUCCCAACGUCCUCCACCUGAGGGCGCUGUCCGCCCUGUCACUGGUGGCUUGGGUUCCAGUGUGAAAGGGGGCAUUAAUAUAGUGUGGCAAAGCUUUUUAAGGGACUGAUUCCUAAUGUUACCUCAAUUCCCUUGGUUGAACCCCAUCCCACGCCCUCCCCCCCCCCUCCCCCAUCCUGACUGCUCUGGUGUCUUUUUUGUCUCAACUGAGAUCAUGCCUGCCUUGACUCCUGACACUAAUUUUAACUUUAAUAGCCUUUUCCGAGAAACUGCCAUCCUUGAAUUGACCUCAGCGGCUUCCUCUAGCCUUAUGAUAAGAGCGUGUUUAACGUGGAUUAAUGGCUACUUGAAUAAUAUGUGCAUGCCAGUUUUAGUCUGGUUUUAGCUCAUGUAGUUAUUGACAGAAGGGGUAGCAUGUUGGCUUCUCAAAUGGACGACUACCUGGAGAAUAGUAAUGUCUUCUCCCAACUCGGUGACCAAAUCCUGGAUGCACUGAAAUACGUUUUUAAUCGCAGCUCAUCACUCAGUUGCUCAGUGUCUCCUGUCGUGUUUAAUGUGUUGGUAUCACGGUGUGUGGCUUUUGGCAGAGGUGGAGUCGAGGGUCAUGCAACCAGUGGUGAUGGUGCACUGCAGUCCUGCAUGACAUCUAGUUAAGUGACAGCCAUAAGUCACACUCUUGGCAUGUGUAGGUAAAUAUAGGGUAGCAUGGGGUCGGAUGAUUUUCCAAAGUCCACAUAACCAUUAUCUUCAAAGAAAUUUAAACUCGGUAUGAGUUGAGGGGGGGGGAAUAGGAUUGUACCAAAAAUAGGUUUCAUGUGUAAGUGGUGCAUUUUUAUCUCUGUCAUGUAACAUGUAAUAUGGUGCUGCGGGACAGUUGGAUGGCGGCAGUUAGUAACGCAGAGCUGUAAUACGAGUGUGAUUUCCAUGUGUGUCUUGUCCUGAGGGAAUGAUUUCUUCUGGUGAUAUUGAGGCUGUAAUAUGGCACGGAACAGUAAUUUCUGAGAUGGAUUUUGGACUAACCUUACUCUCCCUUCCCUCCUUUUGCUUAACAAUAUUCAGGAUGGAUUGUACAGACUCCACAAUCCAAUUUUAAAAUAGCAUUAAGCUGAUGGGCUCCUGCUGAAAUAAGCUCCCUUUGCACAGGGGAAAAAGCUAACAGCUGAAUGAUUUAUUAUAGCAGGUACCUCUGUCCUAAUGGUGCAAAAGCGUAAUUAUAACAGAUUCUCAGCCUGAGGAUCAAAAAAGUCAGAAUUAUAAAUAUUAAAGUUUCAUCUCACUUUUAGGAUGACUUUCGUGUUGCUUUGUAACUGAGACAGUUGCGAUUCAUCUUAAAAAAUAAGAGCAUGCAACCCCCCACCUCACCUAAAAUACAAGCCGAAUGUCCUCAUGACACGGAAUGUGAAACUGGAUUUCUGUUUGAGGAUUAUGGAGGAAUGUCGUACAAGGGCCUUUCUGACAGUAAAUUUUAUCUGCAGGUGUUGUAUUUGAAAUACCCCCCCCCCCCUCCACCCCACAGUUCCUUUCAUAGCCCCCCCUCUCCUUCCAUUCUUAAAAAUGAUAGGAAAUCUCACUGUUAAAGCACCCAAAGAAUUGCCUGUUUUAAGACUGACCCACUGUUGUGUGUGGCUGUUUGUGAGGACAAUGAAUCUAAGUUUUGUUUUCCAAAUGUGUGCCUUCAUGUUAGCUUUGAAUGUAACUGAUGUACCCCCCCCCCCCCCAAGCAAGUUAUUAGUUGCCAUUUUCAGGGUAAGAAGGGUGUUAAUUCUGUACAAGUACUAUCUGUGAUAUUAGCCUCUGAUCUCAUAGGAAUGAUUAUUAAGCAUUAGCAUUGUACAAGUGCCAUUCUUUGCAGUAUAGUGACAUGAGAUUCUCUUCUCAAUCAGUGCCAUACAGACACCAUCUGCCAUUGGGGGGUAUGCAGGGAAUACCUAAUUUUGUUGCUUGUAUUGUUGAUAUUUUCCAUAAUGUGGUGGAUCUGUGCGUCUGCCAGUGGACUGGUUCUGAGCCCCCAAGUGACUGAAGCGUACCUCGUCUUUCCCAAUAAGACUGCACUGCUUCCUCUGAGAUGUUAAUGUGAUUGAUGAUACCCCCCCCCCCCCCCCCCCCCCACAAACCUUUACGGCCCUGGUCACCAAGCGCUUGUCAAAACCUAAUGCGCGAAUGUCAGCCUGGACAGCCGCUCUGCUCACCCCGUUAUGGCCAUGAAGACGCCGCAGUGAAGAGUGCCCAUCGUUUGACAGUGAAGUUUCAUGGGGGAAUGAACAGCCAAGCAUAUUAACUGCUCUUAUCUGACACCAUUUAUUUCCCCCCUGCGUACUGGGAUUGCAUACAAGGAUUUCAGUAGCGUACAAUAUCAUCUUAUAGACUGGCUUCCUAAAAACCUCCAGUUCCUUCCUCCAAAGAUGUUCUCUCUGUGUAAAUACACAGGGGCUCCACUUUGUCCAUUCCGGAACCUCUGCUCUCGCCAGCCUCCUCUGACCCCUUUGAUCCAUUUUGUAUUUAAAGGUAUCCCCCCCCCCCCCCCCCCCCUCCCCUGUCCCCGCUGCCCUAUAACUUGUAUAGACUUCUCACUCAUUAAAUUGAAACCACUGAUGUAUGUAAGCGAUAUAUAUAGACUUUGUAAAACUGGCUAAUUUUAUUUUUUAACAUCAGAUACUUUGUCCCGCCAUGGGGCUGAUUGUUUAAAAAUGCUGCAUAUAACAUGUAAUUAAAAACAGAGUAUAAUAAAUGGGGAAAAAAACUUAA